CGGCCGUCGGCCGGCAGACCCGCCCCGCACCGUGCCCAGAGCGCCCGCUUCUGCCUUCCGUCGACUCCAGCCCGCCAGCAGCCAUGUCGAGACACGAGCGCGAGCGAGGUGGCCUCGGCAACCUGAUCAAGUACUCGUUCGGCUUUGUGAACCUGCUGAUUUUCGUAGGCGGCGCGCUGCUGCUGGGGUUCGGCGCGGCGGCGCUGUCCGGUGACAACUCGGCCUUCAGCGACAUCGUGUCAGCCAGCCUGUACACAGGCACCGCAGUGCUCAUCAUCGUGGCCGGCAGCUUCGUCGUCAUCGUCAGCUUCUUCGGCUGCUGCGGCGCGUUCCGCGAGAGCCGCUGCAUGCUGGCCACCUUCUUCUGUCUGGUGCUGCUACUGUUCGUGCUCACACUGUCGGCCGCCAUCGCUAGCUUCGUGUUCGGCGGAGAUAGCAUCACCACUUCGCUGCGUGACGCCAUGACCAAGUCGCUGGAUAACUAUAAGGACGGCGAGCCGGCGGCCGUGGCCGCCUGGGACACCGUCCAGCAGGACUUCCAGUGCUGCGGCGUCAACGGCUUCCAGGACUACCGCGACACCGAGAUUCCCGACUCGUGCUUCGACAACAUGGACCGGGACAACCCCGUCAACCUGCACAUUAACGGCUGCUUUGACGAGACGCUGCGCUUCAUCGAGGAGAACAGCGCGCUGCUGGGUGGCAUCGCCAUGGGCGCCUCCGUCUUCCUUCUGAUGGCCAUGGUGGCAUCCUGCUUCCUGAUGCGCACUGUCGAGUGAGCGGCUGCCGAGGGAGGGAGGACGCUGCACGGCGCUGUGCAAGUGGGGCAGAGACUGGAGUCACCUCCGCUGGGUGACACGCGCUGACCCCGGCGCGAGGAUGUGCAGGCGGAUGGUUUAAAUGGUGAGACGGACUGCGGAGAGAGGCGUGCGGUGCCGAGUGGAGGCUGAUUUGAAUGCGUGGCUGAAUGGAAUGGUUGGACAUUGCGGUGUUAUUGGUGUACAAAUGUCCCGCAGUGGUUUAGUGGGUGAUGUGUUGGAUGAUUGGCGCUGACGGGGGGGGGGGGGGGGGGGCAGUUAGUUUCAUACUGGAAUGUGUUCCAUAGAUGGAACUGUGGAGCCAAUGUGCGUGCUCCGAGAAUGCUGCUCCUAGCCGUUAGAGUGUGAGUCUGGGUGGUGCCCCUGUGCUGUGUCCCGGCAGCUGUCCUGUACCGUCGAUGAGCCCGUGUCCAGACUUGUGGACCUCAGGUCACGUCUAGUGUGACAUCCGGCUGGUUGAGCGGAACGUCUGUGAGACUAGUCAGUAGUCACGUCAACGUCGGUGCGACCGACAUAGCCAGGCUCCAGGUGAACCCAGCCCGGGCGAUGUGUGACACUGACUAGUCGUCGUCCGUGCUUUGUUACGACUUUCAUGUCGUGUCAUAUCAGUAAGCUAUCACAUCAUCAUAAAUACACUUUACUGAGAUAAUAUCGUGAUCCAUAACAAAUGCAUAGGUCGUAUCGAGAACUUUACUUGUCGGAGACGACGAUCUUUUCGAGAUUUUAGUCAAUGCAGCGAGAUACACUGUGGACCGAAUCAAACAAUGCCAUUUCGAAUAGGUCGUCACAUAGACCUCCGUACACCCCUGCAGAGGUCUAUGUACAGAGGCCUAUGGUCGUCAGUAUAAUAUUUCUUCCUUUAUGCGUAGGUACCUUUUAGAGGACCAUCGUAGUAUGAAGAGCAGCAUAUAUGCAUUGUGUGUACACAUUGGCUAACUACUCGUACCUACAUGCUUGUCUAGCCUUUUAGAGCGAAGAUACCGACACUGCGCAAUGCGCGCUCAAUUAAGCCUUACUACGUCCGUAGGUGUAGCGUAGCAUAUGUGACUUUUAGGUGUGCCAUAGCCUCAUAGGCCAUGGGUGUGCCGAAGGUCAUGAGUGUGCUAAACGCCUGCGAACAGCUCCUGAGAUUGGCGGAAAUGUUAGAACCAUUCAUGAGAAAAAAUAAAUGCUACCGUCACCCA